AGAUGGAGGACUUCUCAGACUUUUCUAUCUCUCUCUCCUGUCAUUCAGGUAUCUCUCCUGCUGCUGACUCUAGAACUCAUCUCUCUCCUGUCAUUCAGAUCAACAUGAAGAUCUCUAUCUUUGCUGGUGUUCUGCUGAUCUCUGCUGCUCUGAUCUCUGUGGACGGAGAAGAAACUCCAGCUGAAAAGUUUGAAAGAGAGCAUAUCAUCACUCAGAUUAUGACUGUUGGCCAAUGUACCAAGUUCAUAAAUGAAAAACAUGUUGAAGUGAACCGCGCCUGUAAACCCGAGCAUACCUUCAUCCACACGACUACUUCGGCCGCCGUCAAUGCCAUCUGUGAUGGUACCGUAGGGCAAUCGGUGGCAAAAGUAAGCACGGUCCCUUUCAAUAUUGUGGUCUGCAAACUAAAGAGUGGCCAGCAUCCCAACUGUGUGUACGAAAUAGAAGGUAAACAUCACAAUGCUCAAAUUUCAAUCACAUGUGUCAACGGCAAACCUAUUGCCUAUGUAGGUUAUCAUUACAAAAUGCAUUGA